UUCAGUUGAUUCGAGGGAAGCAUCGUUGGACCAAGUGUGCUCAGAUACUUUUGUUGUGUCGUGUCUUCUGGGCAUUAUUGGAAGUCCUCGAAAUCUAAUGGCUGUUUACGCACUUCACUUCAAAGGCUGACUCGAGCGUGUGCGAAUAUAUUUGAGUGACAUCGGUGCGAUCAAACGAACUGCACGCGGAUUUGAAAGCCUCACUAACACAAGGAUCAUGGUGAGAGACUGAUUGGCAACAAAAACUUUUCUCUGCGUAAAAUGUAUUGCGAGGAUGCUGUUUAGCUAAUGAAUGUAGCUGUCCCAGUUUAAAUCGGAAGUGGAGCUAUUUCCUCCAGGAAAAAGGUUGAAAAGUAGCCUUUUCCACGUGGAGGACAGGAACUUGAACGUGGAUUGACUCGGGGGGAAACAAUUGUGCACGUAAUAAGCGCUGUGCUUCGUUUCAUCUAUCAGAUUCAUUGGAACCACGGGUGAAAAAAUGCGUUUUGUGAGCUCAUUGAUAUGUUGUAAACUUGAAGAAUCCAGGGAAAAUACGACUCUGCUUCGUUUGUGGUUUUUCUUUGCUGUCCUUGUUUCAAAUUCAGCCUGUCCUGACAAAUGCGUCUGUUUCACAUCCACGGUAAAAUGUGUGAACCAGGGCUUAUUCAUGGUUCCGCAACCAUUGCCAGUAAACACUAAAACCCUGUUUAUUACUGGGAACAACAUUUCCCAUCUCACAACUGGGUCUUUCCCUGUGCUUCUUGAGCAGUUAACAGACUUGUAUCUCACGGGAAACCAGGUGGAGCUGGUGGGCCACAAUGUAUUCAACAACUUGCCAAAUCUCAGGCUGCUAGACUUGAGUAACAACAGGAUUCUGAAUUUUAGUGCUCAAGCCUUCCCUGAUUACAACAAACUGCUGGAUCUUAACCUCAGCAGGGCUUUUUACAACCAUUCUUCCAUGGAUGAGCUCUUCAGCCUGCUACGGAGUGGCAGAGCCCUUCAACUUACCCGCUUAGACCUGUCUAACAAUGACCUGGUUGUCCUCCCUGAGGGCAUGUUCUCCCACCUCUCCAACCUCACCAUCCUCAACCUACAAAACAACUCCCUCAUUUUCAUCCGGAACGGGACGCUGAGUGUUCCUCCGCUCCGUGAGCUAGACUUGAGGGACAAUGCCCUGAGGGAACUACCCAACACUACACUGCUGGACUUCAGCCUCAAGCCUGGGCUUCAGGUGCAUCUGGCAGGGAACCCUUGGCUCUGUGACUGCAAUAUCGAGGACCUUGUGGCCUGGCUGAAGAGCUCCGAGCAGGUCGCAGACAAGCAGAAUAUGACCUGUUCUGACCCUGAGGCUAUGCGGCAGUUACCGUUGCUCCAGAUAGAGGACUUGGAGUUGGAGUGUACCUUUUCAGGUGAAAUGAAAAGUGUGCUGGAGACCUCGUAUGUCUUCCUGGGCAUGGUGCUGGCCUUGAUCGGAGUGAUAUUUCUGCUGGUCCUCUACCUCAACAGGAAGGGGAUAAAGCGGUGGAUAUACAAUAUUCGGGAUGCGUGCAGGGACCACAUGGAGGGCUACCAUUACAGGUAUGAGAUCAGCUCGGACCCCAGGUUGGCCAACCUCAGUCUCAACUCAGACAUUUAAGAGGACCGCUAUGUGAACCAGGGUCCUCACAGUGACUGAGGCAUUAUGACUUGUCAAGAGCAAGAUAUGCAUGAGCGACUCUGUAGUUCCGCGGGGCUACAGCCUGCCUGCACCCCCCCCCCCCAUAGUACUGUCCAGACUUCUACACCAGUCAUGACUCUUAGUAGCCUCGGUCAUGACGACCCACAAUCUGCCACCACGCAUGCCCUUGGCCCCUGCAAUGCAGUGUCUGAUUGUUUGUUUUUACACCUUUUCAUGAACAUCAACUUUCCAUGGACUGAGAAUCAUGACUCAGAUGGGGUUUGUGAGAGGGCUCUCUGUAAUAUAACAUUUUCCCUUCCUUGAGCAAAAGAGGGUGGUACGUAGAACCCCAACUAAACAGACUUAUUUUGACUGGUAGUAACUAGGCUAUAUAUAUAUAUAUAUAUCCUUUCUGCUGGUUAUAUUUUAAACACUUUUGUUUCUACUUUCCUCCCACUGCACAGUGUUGCUAUGCUUGUUUAGUUGUAUUUAUUCCUUUUUAAUAUAAUUAUUACAGCACUUGCUAAUUUGUCUCACUAGUAUUGCACUUGUUAGGUGGACAUUCAACAUUUUUCAUGAUGUACAGCUGAA